AUGUCUGAGGGGCUCCUGACACAGUGGCGCGACCGCGUGGUGGAGGCGGAGACGGAAAUCAGCGUAGUGCAGGAGGACAUUGGCGCCCUUCUGAACCGACGCAAGGAGCUCAAGCAGGACAUAUCCCGCUAUGACAGGCUCGUGCAGCGGGAGAAGCAGGAGAUGCUGAAGCGGUUGGAGGAGGUUGAGGCUCAGGCGCAGGAGCUGGAGGAUGGAUGUCAAAAAACCCUGCAGCAAAAGGCGCGUGCGGAGGAGGCGUACGUUCAGACUCUGGACAACUACGAGUCAAUGCACGACACUGUGAAGGAAAUACAACGUGAGGAGCAGCAGCUGCAGGAGCGGGAAGAUGUGGAGGCCGUGCUGCAGCAGGAGAGCCUUGCGUGGGCAGAGGAGGAGCGCGACCUGCGCACAAAGCUGCACGCGCUACAGAGCGCCCUUAGGGGGGCACGGAAGGAGCGCCACGAGGAGGUGACGGCGCUCAACACGGAACUGGCAUCCGCGGAGCGACAGCUGCUACAGGUGCGAAGCGAGCGCCAAGGAGAGAUGCAGGCGCAGCAUCAGCAAAUGCAACCGGCAAAGCGCAACCGUCAUGGGACAUCGCACGUCUCCACGCCGCGCGCCGUUUCCGCGACGGCGGAUGCCAACUACAAGGAGCAGCAGUUCAUUGCAGCGAACGCAUCUACUAGUAUCCCGACUCGGCAGCUGCGUUCAUGCCUGAAGAACUCAAACGCCACGGCUGACAGUUAUUCGUUGAACGACGCGAAGACGCAGGCUGGCAACAACACGAACACCACCAGUAUUAACGGCGUUUACCAAAAUGUUUCUGCCCCACAUUAUAAAUCUGCGCCAGCCUCAAGAGCCGUAUCGCAGUCCUUGGUGGCAGGUGAUGAUGCUGUAGCUGGCGGCGUUGGUUCCACCCCCACGAGGCCGCACCGGGCGUACUCGUACGCCGCAGGAAAGAAGCUAGGCGGCACGAAGCGUGACGUUCUUCUACUGGGCGAUGCGACGAACCGGUAG